AGACGCCGUCAUGUCUUCUGUGGCAAGUGCCUCGGCCACGUCCAUGGCGACGUCGGAGAGCGAUGAAGAGCCGGAGUACGUGGAACCCAAGCGCCACGUUCUGUCGCCCGCGGACAUGAAGCGCUGGAUGGAAAGCGAAGCGUACAGCGAGUACAUCGGCUUCGUGCUCGCCCUCAACGAGCGGGUCAAGGGCAAGAAGCUGACCGACGCCACGUUACCGGUCUCCGAGGUCACCUCGGGCCUGCUCUCCGUGCUGGACACGCUAGACGGCUGGGUGCGCGAGACGCCGCCGGUCGACCAGCCGCAGCGGUUCGGCAACACGGCCUUCCGGACGUGGCUGCGCCGGGUGAACGACGAGAGCCGGCGACUGCUGGGCGACGCCCUGCCGGCCAGGUACCGGCCGGCGCUGGUCGAGCUCGUGCCGUACUUCGACGACAGCUUCGGCAACUCGACGCGCAUCGACUACGGCACGGGCCACGAGAUGAGCUUCGCCAUGUUCCUCUGCUGCCUGUUUAAGAUCGGAGCGUGGGCCGAGGACGACUCCGCCGCCGUGGUCCUGACCGUCUUCCAAAGGUACCUGGACCUGGUGCGUCACCUCCAGCUGGAGUACCGCAUGGAACCAGCCGGCAGCCACGGUGCCUGGAGUCUGGACGACUACCAGUUCCUGCCUUUCAUCUGGGGCAGUGCUCAGCUGAUCGGCCAGCUGGCGAUACAGCCGAAGUCCUUCCCGACGCCCGGCUUCGCGCAGAACUACUCGGGCGACUACAUGUUCAUGGGCUGCAUCGAGUUCAUCUGCAAGGUGAAGAGCGGCCCGUUCCACGAGCACUCCAACCAGCUGUGGAACAUCAGCGCCGUGCCCAGCUGGGCCAAGAUCAACGCCGGCCUGAUCAGGAUGUACAAGGCCGAGGUUCUGGGCAAGUUCCCGGUGGUCCAGCACGCGCUUUUCGGAAGUCUGCUUCCGUUCCGCCCCUACCAGAAACCGGGCCCGACGAAAUGAGAGACUUUGCUCAUAACUAUUACUUUUAACGCACGAUAUUACAUUGACUAAGCGCUCCGUCCCGUGUUCUUUCUUCGUCUCCGUUCUAGUUGCGCUUUUGUUAACGUGUACAUCAAGUAAAUUAGAACCAUUACACGCAUACUUUAGAAAUUGCAAAGAGGUUUGUCGCUAGACAUGCUGCGCACUUCAGGAACAGUUUUGUUUCACCCUUUGAGUUUUAGGGAGCUUCUUGACUAGGAGCGUGGGUUCCCCAUGA